AGUUUAGUAACAUCAAUUUAGAUUAACUUGAGUCUUAUUGGGUGUGUAUGUCUUUCUGUUGUGUGUAAUUUGUCGGGGAAUGUUUUUCGGGACUCCACGGUAAUAUAACCGACGUUCGAUCGUCUUUCGUGGUUAUCAAUCUCCUGCUUCAACUGAUUAUGGAAUAACAUUUCCUGCAUAUAAAUAAAAAAACAGGAAAAUGGAAAAAAUGGAUUGCUCAAUGCGUGAUUAUUCAGAAUUCUGCGAACAACUCAAUGACAUCCGAGUGCGUUUCCACAAAUGGGAUAGUUGCGAAAAAACGGUCGCCCUUUACUACUUAAUGGUUGGAUUACCUUUUGCGAACGCAAAAUUUCUUCAACACGCUCUUGAACAAUGUAUUUGUGCCGCAAGUACCCCCGAAGCUCAAGUAAUGGAACACAACGCAAACGACCCCCUUUUCAUAUCUAGCCUUUCCGUUGAAAGACGUCAAGUAGCACUUUCCGCAAUUUUAACUCACCUCCCUUUACUUAAACCAGGAAACAAAGAAGCCGCUGAUUGUUAUUUAAAUAUAAUCAAACAAGUUCUAACAGAAUUUAUAACACCCCCUUAUAAAAUCUACAACGAAUGUGUUGAAAUAAUGUCGUACGUUUUCGUACAUCCGGCGUUUAAUAAGGAUGAUAAAAAAUCGUUUAGGCAGCUAUUAAGACACGUUUUAAAUCGUGUUUCUCCAGAUACUUUUGUACAUUCACCUGUGGCUGAAUCAAGUGACGAAUCUGUUAGUCCUAAUCCAGAUUCGAAUACGUUAAAUGUUAAUUCGGAGCGGUUAAAUCGAAGAUCGAACAGUUUAACACCGGGUUCUCAUGAAAGUUUGGUUCCUGGGCCUGAUAUUUGGUCAUCCCAAGAAAGCUUACUACAAUUAGCAUCAAAACCAAGAAGUUUCUCAUUAUCAAACGAUAAAACUCUUUUACCCAUAAACAUAAAUCAAUUACAAUCAAGCAGUUCGGAAACUCGUCUUCAAGAUUUACAAACGCUAAAUAAUUCGAGUGAUAUGAAAAGUAUAGUUUCUUGGUUAAAAUCGCUUCGAUUGCAUAAAUACAGUUGGGUUUUUAAUAAUUUAAAUUACGAACAAAUGUUGAAUUUAACAGAGGAGACAUUACAGAGUAUUGGAAUUACAAAAGGGGCUCGACAUAAAUUAUUAUUGAGUAUUGGAAAGUUGAGGGAGAGACAAAACAUGUUAUGCGAACUUGAAACUGAAGUUAUGAACGGUGGGGACUUGUUGAAUGCUUUGAAAAAACUUAAAGGAGUUUUACAAACACCCCUACAAGUGACUAUGGGGGAAGAUUUAUCUUCAUUAGUUGUCAAAGUUUUUGGAAAAGUAUGUACUCAAUUGCUGAUGAGACGUCAAUCAUCUGAAGAAUGUUUCCAUUUAUUCACCUCUUUAAGCGAACGGGUAGAAAACUCAGAUGUCUUUACAGAUGAACAGAAAAGACGGAUGAGCAUGUGGAAGGAUCAAAUAUCGAAGAUAAAUCAUCUCGCAAACUACAACAGACAUAGUAACAAUUACAAAAACCACCAUUGUUCUUCGCAAAAUGCAACCGUAACUUUAUUACAAUCGUCCCAAAGUACGUACAGUCAAAAAAGUUCGUCGUAUCCAAAUAUGCAAAAACCAAUUGGAGGACAUAGACACUCGGUUGGUAAUUUAACUGUAAAUAAUUUCGUGCAAUAUUUACCAUUGCAAACUGUUCUUCAUGGAAUAAAUGGCGAUUGUCGCAGUAGAAGUAAUAAUACGAAUUCGAGUCAUCUUCAUGUGAGGUUUCAAGAAACGUCUGAAAACGAACAACAAACGAAGAGUAAUAAACAGUUAUUGAAAAACGUGGAAAUUGAGAGUAGCCUGGAAUCGUUGUGUUUACAAAUGAUGGAACACGCUUUGGGUCCUUAGUAAAUAAUUUUUUUUUUAUUUCAACGUAUUAUUCAACUUUUCUUUUUUAAAGUUAGAAUUGUGUAUAUAAGAAACAAUAUUGAUGACGAGAUACAAUUAUUUAUAAUAUUAUUAAUUGACGCGAGGCCUAAGUGUUUCUUAUAAUUAUUAUUUUUUAUUAAUGUUUAUUACCGCUGGCAGGUUGUACUUUAAUGGAUACGUUUUUCGUUUAUUGAUUAAUUGAAAAGAUUAAUAAUUGUUUGUUACAAAGAGAUUUUAAUACGCUUGUCGGCGGUUAAAAGUCGUGACUGUAAAAAAUUUUCUAGUCUUCGAUGUGACACACACUUUCUUUAACAAUUUUAUGUUAUCCUUUUUUUUACAAUGCUUUUUUUUGGUAUACAUCGUGAAAGAAGAGCGAAAGAGAGGAAAAAAACUUUGUUGUAGUUUUGUGACUCGUGCAUGUUUUGUGAUUCGUCCGUGUGAUACAAGUUUGCCGGCUGGCGGCGAAAAACUGACGCAAAAGACUGAUUUCUUAAAUAAAGAAUACAACUAAUGUA